AGGAGGUUAAGUGAUCUUUUAGGGCUAGCGUCUCUCAGAAUCGGAAGGAAGGGCCUUGGAAGAUGAAAAGCGGUGCACGUGAUUGCCUCUUUGGGAAGUGCGAGGGUACGAAUUAUUCUUUCCGAUCUUUUCUUCUUCGCAACUUCAGCAACAUUCAAGCCACUCCGGGAAAGGAAUACAAGAUGCGUCAAAGACGUAUUGACGGGUUCUUGGUACCCUUCGUAAGCCCAUCCGGACGCGUCGCAGCUCAAUUUCAACGCUUGCCGCUCACGGAGUUCCCUCGAUUCAAAGAUCUUCCCAUCGAAUUGAGAAUCUCAAUCUGGGAGUUGGCCUCCCAUCAGCAACGCAACCUCGAUAUCUGGAACAGAGAAUUGUGGACCAGCGAUAGCUCUGAGGAUGAAGAACGUAGCGUUCCACAUCUACUAUUCACCACUCAACCACCACCUUCAGUUCUACAAGCAUGUCACGAAUCCCGCGAGGAGGCUUUGAAAUAUUACACCUUCGAUUUCGGAACCACUUAUCAUGAUCGAGAUUGCACAGUCACGACACAAGCCAAGGUCUAUGUCAAUUGGGCUGUCGACAGAAUUUGUCUAAUGGAACCUUAUGAACUCUUUCAGUUCUCUGAUGACCGUCAGGAUCCUUCCAAGGGUCGAUUAGUGGAUCUAGUCAAUACCCUGGAGAGCAAAGGAAGAUAUCUCGCCAUCAAUGUCUUCACCAUGGGGGAUAUCGCGUACACAACUGCUAGAGGCUCAUAUGUAGAGCAUCCGGCAUUCUGCGAAACUUUGCCCAAGAUGGGUGGCCUUCAAGAGCUCAUUCUCUUCAAUACUUACCUCUGCAGGCAUAAACUUAAGGGUACCAUUGUCUUCGAUAGUAUCAGCGAGGAAAGCAUAGAUAUGUUAGAGUUAGUCGGCGCGGAAGAAGAGAUCGACGUGUAUUUUCUCGAACAUCCAGACUUCAAUGACAAGACAAAACAGUGGUACGAGUCACUCAAUGUCGAUCUGAGACGUUUCAAAAUUAUAGCCGGGAAUGACGAUAGUGGCAAAUAAGUGGAAUCUUCGCAAUGAAGGAAUGGUGCAUGGAGUAGGGUUCAUCUCAAGUUCUCGCUUGGCGGAGCAUCACGAUCCAAGUUGCUAUUUGUUGUUUGUACAAUAUUUUCAGCAGGGGGCUAUGCAUUUCCUUAGCGAGCAUUGGUGUGGGAGAGGUAGCUCUUUACUUGCUUGAAAAUACAC